AUGCCCAUGACUUUCACUCUGGGCGCUGCGCCCAAGUGGAUUCAGGUCAGCAAGCAGACCGGGGAUGUGAGAGUCGUGGAAUCGUCGCUGCCCAAGUUCGACCAAGGGCAGGGCAAGAUGAUCCCAGUCGAGAUGUUUCUCAGCAACUUCAGGUCCGACAGCGCGGUGCUCAACUGCCUGAUUGAUGUGCUCAGGCCCGACAGCUACGGCGACAACACCCUGCUCACCUGGACGCAGCAGCUUGCCCAACAAGUGAGCUCCGUGAGCCCUGAGACUCUGAGGUUCCUGCUGCGCGAAAUUAUGGCGCCAGUCUACGAUUUCGCUGCGGCCAAGCCGCGCGAGGGGAUCAUCUUCGGGCUGUGGGUGGAGGUCGUGUCCAAGGCAACCGCCCUGGCGAGGGCCUUCUCCGUCGCGCACGCGCUGCCGUGGACGCACGGGCUGCUGGUGGAGAUGGGCUUCUCCGAGGGCGUGGACAUCAGGAACGUCCUGCGGGUGCUGGGCAUCAGGCCGGAGCAGGGCGCGGCGGUCCACAUCGGGCCGCGGUCCUUCCGGUUCAGCAUGAAGUCGGAGGAGCGGCUGGAUUGGUUCAAUGUGAUCCGCGUCGUGCGCUAUCUUCGCGCCGAGGAGAGGGCGGAGCUGAGGAAGCUCAACGGCUUCAGCCAGGAGGAGGUGGACAGGCUGACCGCAAUUUUCAACCAGUGUGCCUACAAGAAGGUCGUAGUCACAGACGACGGGAACAAGGAGCUGCAGUCGUCCACCCUGCGCCCCGAAGUGUUCCUCAGCCUCCUCGACAACGACUACGCACCCGCCCUGUUCCACGGCGCGGACCUGCGGGACGUCAAGGAGCGGCUGGUGGCGGCCUUCCCCCGCGCGCUGGGCGCGGUCGACGCGGGCAGGGCGAGCGCCGAGAGGCUGCAGGACAAGACGGGCAUGGACCUGGAGGCGUUCCUGCAGAUGAUGAAUCACGUCCAUGAGGACGCCGACCUGAGGUACCACCGCAAAUUGCAGCGUGCCGAGGAGAACUGCGGCUUCUCGGCGCAAGAGGUGCGCGAGUUUCGCACCAUCUUCGUGAAGUGGGACACCCGGGAGGUCGGCGUCCUCCCCUUCGACCAGCUGGUGGAGAUCGCCGGCGGCCUAAAAGCCUGGCGGGUUCCUGGCAGGAUCGCGAGGCUGCAGCUCGCCCCGCGCGGCGGCUUCACCAACGCAUCGCUGGCGGAGCUCUCGGAGGCGGCCGCUGGACCUCGCCUUGGAGGCGCCUCGCGCGCCGCUGGCGUCCAGGAGCUGGAUCUGGCCAAGGUCGUCCCGGCAGGAAGCCUGGCCCCGGGCUGCUGGAGCCUCCCGCCCAGGAACACCCUGAGGCGUGACGUUCCCGAGUUCGUGCCGCUGUUCUUCAACAGUGCUGUCGGCCCACCCGCCGAUGGUGUCCAGCUCUCGACGUCGGAGGAGAGCAUCGUGCAGCAGCGGCACGAGUCUUCCGACCAGUCUGCCGCGAACGUGGCCGACGCCAAGCCCGAGAUUAAGACCGCUGUUCAGUUCAGGGCGGCGGCGCUGGAGACGUUCGACACGAAGCCUUUCAACGACGGCGACCACGUGGAUUUGCAGUCCGACUUCGUCGUCGCCUUUCGCUCCCUCGCCACGAGCUUCGACAGAGACGGGCUGCAGCUACAGAGGCUGCAGGUAUCGGCGCUAGCCACGUCAGAAGGGGUCGAGCCGCCGGUUGCCACGGCGAGGUCCAUGGCGGCUGCAGGUAGUCAGAGCACGCAGGCAACCCAGUAUGGGGCUGAGCUGUAG